CAAAGUGUAGUUUUAAUUUUCAAAGUUAAUGAAAUAGUGGAUAAGAGAGGAAGGGAACAGAGGUUUUCGUGCAAGUUUCUAUGAAGUUUCGAGAUGAUGGAAAAGAUAAAGACGGUGCAAAGAGUAGUUGCGGGUUUAACGCUUUUGUUGGGGUUUUUGGGAAAGCUGAUAUUGAAUUUGAGGGGGCAGAAGCAAAGAGCGUCUAAUCCUGAGAAGCUGCAGAUGAUAAUCAGAUCUGAUAAAUUAAUGGAUUCAUCUUCAUCUUCAUGUUCGGAUGAGAUGGAGGAUGAUGAGAGGUACGGGCUGAGAUGGAGGUUGUCUGUGGAAAAAAACAAUAAUGUGACCCCUUGGAAGACGGUCCCACUUCGUUGUUACAACCACCUUCAUAAUUACAUGACUGGUGGCCAGUAUGACCUUGACCUCAAUCUCAUCGUCCGUCAAAUUCUUCUUUAUGCUUCUCAGAUUCCUCUUCCUACUGAUGCCUUUGAUGCUUGGAUUUUGGACGUCGAUGACACUUGUAUCUCUAACAUUUCUUAUUACACACAUAAGCGAUUUGGAUGCGACCCAUUUGAUUCAACCAUAUUCAAGGCAUGGAUCAUGAAGGGAAUGUGCCCCGCAAUUCCAAUCGUACUUACAUUGUUUAAAACGCUGAUAGACAAAGGAUUCAAAGUCUUCCUACUAACUGGUAGAGACCAAGCAACACUCGCCAAAAUCACUACCAACAAUUUGCAUAGCCAAGGAUUUAUCGGCUAUCAACGCCUUAUUUUGAGGUCUUUUUUUGCAAAUGGAUAUGAUGUGCGGUGCACCACAUUAGUUAAUAAAUCUACUCAUAUAUGACGUUGGUAAACACUCAAGACAUGAGACAAAACAGGUGGCGUAAUUGAUGAUGUGAAAGUCGAUUCUAUAUAUUUUGACGUUGCGUAACUUCCUAGAACAACUGCUCCAAUUAAUCGUCUCUAUCCGCUCAAUAUGUAUUCUAAUAUGUCGAUGCAUGCCCUUAACUCCCAAAAAUAUAAAAAUAGGGCUCUCUUUUAUCCCAAAAGCAUAAUGAAUAGAAUUUGUACCGAAAUUCGUUUCAUAGCAUCAUAAUGAGGAUAAGAGACUUUGGCCGGUAGAUUGGAAGUUUAAUCCGAUAGGAUGAGAUUUAAUUAAAUAACAACACACGACAAAAACCAUCGUCAAAAGCAUUGGCAUUCGGUUUCUGCAUUAUCUAUCUAUUAUUUUAAUGAAAAUGUUUUAAGUGUACACCAAAACACCUACUUGAUCAUUUAAUAGAAAAACAAAAGUAGAGAUAAUGAUGUGUGAUAAGAAGAAAAAAAUUAUAAAAAAAUGUGGAAUGAAAAUAUAAAAAUUUAGAUUAUAAAAAUUUGAAGUGUUUAAAUAUAAGACUUGUCAUCUGAACACCGUAUAAAAUACAACUCAAAUAUGUGUAGUGUUGAAAUUGAGAACAGAAAAAAAAUAAUAUAAAUUAAAAAAUUGUAGAUAACUAUGGUGUUAUUAUCAUAAUUUAUGUCCAAAAAACAUUUCCGGUUGUUUGAACGGCCAGUGAAUACAUGAAAAUUCCUCCUACAAAGCAAUGUUGUCCGAGAAGGAUUUCCAUAUGGGCAAAUUUUCUAGUGGGAUUCUUUUUAUAUUGGAGAUAUGGCUUCAUAUUAUUUCAGAGAUAUGCAUUUGUUUAUUACUCCAUUCCUAAAAUUCCCGUUUGACAAUGAAGGGGAAAAACACAGUAGACUUAGUCAACUCUAAACUUCUUUCCUAACUUGCGGUUUUUUCUAACUUAAAGUCUACAAUGAACGCUAACAAGUGACAAUGCUUUCAUAUGUUUCCAAGUCAAUGUCUGUGUGUUAUAUAUGCAAUGCAAAUUCAAUAAAGA